AAAAAAAUAUAUAUAUUCGCUUCUGUUUUUUUCUUCUCGGACAAUUCGUCUUUUGACAACAAUGGCGGACAAAUCAAGCAGAUCACUGAUAUUGUACGGAGACGGCUUGGCUCGAUUUGUCGAUCCGUCAAAUACCAACAUCCAUUCUCUUGCUUCCGUCGCUACUUGUGGCUUCUUGAGCCUUCCUAAUGCACCUCCAGAAACUGAGAAUGAAAGAAUAGUUCGAGAAUUCUCCCACUUGCUGGAUGCAUCCGAAGCUUAUUCCAUAGCUAGUGGACUAAAACCAAAGGGAAAUGGAAAUGAUAUCUCAACUUUGGCUGAAAGGUUUAUGGGACUCAAAGCUGCUUUAGUUACGGACAGUUCUACUCUGACUUCUUUCGGAAAACUGAUUGGCUUAGAUGUAUUACAGCUUAGUGAAAUAUGCCAAGAGAGUGAUUCCUUUCCUUCUGAUGCCACAUCAUCUAAACUACUAAAGCUGCUUGGAUUUGAAGGAGGAAAGUGCUUGGAUGUGAACCUAUAUGACUUGGUUUUUGUUCAUUUCGGGGUUGAUGAAUAUAAUAACGGGAACAACAUGGGAAUUCUCGACUCUUUGAUUGGCAGUAUUAUGGGAAUGGCUCAACCAGGUUCAGAGAUUCUAUCGCGGUUGCAUCUGUCUGUCGUUCUUAGCUAUGGUUCUGUCACAGACAAAGAUGUUUCAGUUUUUCCAAUCAAGACUCCACAAGAAGACAUUAACCCGGCAUUUAUAGGACUUGUCCCGCGUCAGAGCUACACCAUGCGAGGUGAAAAGACACGGGAUGAUGUUCGGCACUACUGUCCUAUGUUGGUAGCUCAGUGGCAGCAUGGGGUGACCCGGAAAGACUUAGUUGAUACCUUAUCAUUUGAAGCUCUCAAAAAGCUCUGUGGAAAUCUUGUUAUACCGGCUGAUCGGUUCAUCCACGAAGUUGCUUUCAAACUUUGGAAAGCCCCAAAAUAUGGAGCUUAAGCAAAAGUAAUCAUCUAGUCCGGAUGAAUUCAUUCUCUUUCCGCUGUUGAAGUUGUUUGUGGAUUGAUCUCAAAUUUGCUACCUUUACAUAAAGGAAAGACACAAAAGCUGUUCUGUUUCUUCUAGAUUAUGUAUCGUGUUAUCCAUUUCAUACACACAAAAAUAGAGAUAUAACAUAUAUCCUGAAGUGGUCAUGGAAGUGUAAAGAUUAUGGAUCCUCUUUUACAGGGUGGUAAUUAGUACCGCCGAUCCAAACCAUUCUCAAUUCAUCUCCAUAGAGCCUUUGGCCUUUAUUGUCUCUUUUGAUC